UCAGCGCACAGAGACAGCCGUCGCUCCCCCUGGUCUCGCAGCCUCGCCCCGCGUGCCGUCCCCCGGUCCCCGCGCACCCCAGCCGGCCAGCAGCCAGCCCUCGAGGCAAGCGCCAUGCAGAGGGCGCGCCCCGCGCUCUGGGCGGCGGUGUUGAUCGUGCUGGCGCUGCUCCGCGGGCCGCCGGCAGUGCGGGCCGGCGCGGGAUCGGUGGGCGCGGGCCCCGUGGUGCGCUGCGAGCCGUGCGAUGAGAGGGCGCUGGCCCAGUGCCCGCCUCCGCCCACGGCGCCCGCGUGCGCCGAGCUGGUGCGCGAGCCGGGCUGCGGCUGCUGCCUGACGUGCGCGCUGCAAGAGGGCCAGCCGUGUGGCAUCUACACCGAGCGCUGCGGCUCAGGUCUCCGCUGCCAGCCGCAGCCCGGAGAGCCGCGCCCGCUGCACGCGCUGCUGGACGGCCGCGGGUUCUGCGCCAACGCCAGCGCCGCCGGCCGCCUGCGCCCCUACCUGCUGCCGGCGCCGUCCGCGCCAGGAAAUGCCAGUGAGUCCGAGGAGGACCGCGGCACGGGGGCCGUGGAGGGCCAUACCCUGCCCAGCACACACCGGAUGCCCGACUCCAAGUUCCCGCCCCUCCACGGCAAGCUGGACGCCAUCAAGAAAGGCCACGCCAAGGACAGCCAGCGCUACAAGGUCGACUACGAGUCGCAGAGCACCGACACCCAGAACUUCUCCUCCGAGUCCAAGCGUGAGACUGAAUACGGCCCUUGUCGUCGAGAGAUGGAGGACACCCUGAACCAGCUCAAGUUCAUCAACGUGCUGAGCCCACGGGGCGUCCACAUCCCCAACUGCGACAAGAAGGGCUUUUACAAGAAGAAGCAGUGCCGCCCUUCCAAAGGUAGAAAGCGGGGUUUCUGCUGGUGCGUGGACAAGUACGGACAGCCGCUGCCAGGCUAUGACUCCAAGGGCAAGGACGAGGUGCACUGCCUGGGCAUGCAGAGCCAGUAGACGCUGCCAGUCCUUGUGGAGCUCAGACACACUGAUUUUGCACAGGAGACCGCCAGCAAGCCAUCCGCAGCUGGCAACAGCCCCCACGUGCGUUUCUCUUUCCUGGUGAAUUCAUUUUUUAAACCAAAGUUCACAACCUUCUUGAAGCACCUGCAGCGUCGCUCACCCAGAGUCCAGCGGGGCCACUCAGGUCCCACCCCAGCACCCGGCGCUUCAUGCCUCGCUUGGCAGCUUGGCUCGCACGCAUGCGUGCAGGAGCAGAGGCUGAGAUGAGGCCCAGGCGCCACCCCUAGGAUGAGUAGGCAGGCCCUGAACCCCAGUCAUCUGGAGACUCUGACGUACCUCCCCGAGGCCACAGGAAUUUAGCCCUGAGCUUCCAGGGGCUGUGCUGCCUGGAGACUGUCUGAAAGAACCAGAGGACCCCUCUGAACUCCGCCCGGCAGCUCCUUACAGCCCUGGCCACAGCCCCAGUGGUGGGAGAGGCAGGUGGCAGCCAGGCUGGCCUGCCAGUGCCUGUGCCACGCUCCAGAUGACUGCAGAAAACAGCCCUCGCCACGCACCUGCUCCUCAGGACAGCACUUGCUCCUGAGGCUCACCUCCUUGUAGACCAAGCCGCAUCCCAAUCGCUCCACUUUCCCUCCAACAGUCAUGAGCCAGGCAGGAGGAACGGCACCCUGGCAGCGCCCUGAGGACUCUGGGCACGCGUGGGAAAGCCCCGUCCAUGGCGCUGGGGUCACUCUUGCUUUCCUUGGUAGCUCACCUAUGUAAGCAGAGAAGAUGCACUUCAUACUCAACUGCUGGCGUUGUAUGCAGCAUAGCCCCAGUAUAACCAGCUCUGUGCUCGUUCACCCUAGGUGAGGCUCCACUACACGACACAGCUGUGCCCGCGACCAAGGAGGCAUGCCCGUCCCUCACUGGGCGGCUGUGGCGCUCCUCGGGAAACACAGCAAGUAGCCAGACACUCUGCCUACCUGUUAGCUUCUCUUUAUUUUUUUAAUAAAGUGUUUGAGGGGAAAUGUAUUUUUGAAAAGUUUGUCUUGCAGUGUAUUUAUAAACAGUAAAUAAAGUUUUUACCAUUAAAA